UUGGUUCCUUUUUACAGCCAGCCGAAUUAUAUUUAUGUUGAGGAUUUUCAGAAAAGAAGGGCGGAAACGAUCGUGUUAGAAAAAUUGAAAUGGAAAAAGGCGAGGAGGAAAAGCCGACGAAGGCCGGGUCCCGCUUGUGCUGUAUCUGCAAUCAGAGAAGGGCCGCUCUCAAAAGACCUAAAACCCUACAGCAGAUAUGCAGGGAGUGUUUCUAUGAGGUGUUUGAGGAGGAGAUCCAUCAGGUAAUUGUUGAGAAUCAGUUAUUCAAGCCCGGUGAACGCGUUGCUAUCGGUGCAUCUGGUGGUAAAGAUUCCACAGUCCUUGCUUACAUAUUAUCAGAAUUAAAUCGACGACACAAUUAUGGCCUGGAUCUCUUCCUCUUGUCAGUUGAUGAGGGCAUUACAGGGUACAGAGAUGACUCUCUCGAAACUGUCAAACGAAAUGAAAUUCAGUAUGGACUGCCACUUAAAAUUGUCUCAUACAAGGAUCUGUAUGGAUGGACGAUGGACGAGAUAGUGAAGAUGAUAGGUUUAAAGAAUAAUUGCACAUUUUGUGGUGUUUUCCGACGCCAGGCCCUUGAUCGAGGUGCUGCAUUGUUGAAAGUAGACAAGGUCGCUACCGGACAUAAUGCAGAUGAUAUUGCAGAAACAGUUCUUUUGAAUAUUUUACGAGGUGAUAUUGCUAGAUUGAGUAGAUGCACUUCAAUAGUCACUGGUGAAGAUGGACCAAUUCCAAGAUGCAAACCUUUCAAGUACACAUAUGAAAAGGAGAUUGUUAUGUAUGCAUAUUUCAAGAGGCUGGACUAUUUCUCCACCGAAUGCAUUUACUCUCCAAAUGCAUAUCGUGGUUUUGCUCGUGAGUUCAUAAAGGAUUUGGAAAGAAUCAGACCUAGGGCCAUACUUGACAUCAUCCAAUCAGGGGAGGAUUUCAGGAUUUCUACUUUUACAAAAAUGCCAGAACAAGGGACUUGUGAACGCUGUGGCUACAUUUCAAGCCAGAAAUGGUGUAAAGCUUGUGUUCUGCUUGAGGGACUAAAUCGGGGUUUGCCAAAGCUGGGCAUUGGGCGGAGUCGAGGCCCUAAUAAUGAUCGUAAGAAGGGAACAAAAGAAACUAAUGAAGCAAAGAGUAUUGAGAGCAAGCAAUGUGGAACUUUGGACUUCUAAUGUAGCACGUAUAGAUCACUUAAAGCUCUCAUGAGCUCAGGGUCUGAGUUUCACUUUAAGGCAACAAAAGUGAUAGUUAUUCAAUGCUCUUGGAAGGGAUAUAUCCACCCUGUUGAUUGAACUGAGACCGUUGGUCUCGGGACUAAAAUGAACAGCACAGAAAAAGAAAAGAAACCAAUUAGAGGAUAGCAUCUUUCUUUUUUAUGGUAGAGUUAAAUUAUGUGGGAAGUCUUUUGGUAGAGAUGAAUGGAAUUAACAGGGAGAAAGUAGAACCUCCCCUUUAUUAGUUAGCUGUAGUGAUUGUGAAAGUUUCUUUUCUGUCGGCACCAAAUCAUUUUGUGCAGGAUGAAGUCAUUUUUAAUGGUUACACGACAGUUGUGGUUGUUUUGAUUUCUGGAUGGUAGUAAUUUUAUAUCUUUACAAAUUCUUUUUGCUAGUUAUGCAAUUUUGAACAAUGUAAUUUUCUAUUUUGGAUUUGUUUCAAAUAUUUAGCUGGGUUUUUUC